AGAUAGACAGUCCGUUAGCUCUGGCUGAUAAAAAUUGAACUGAUCUUCCUGGAGCUUCAGUGAGGGAGUCAUGUUUUGGAAGUUUGAGUUACAGUCUGGUUCUCAGCUGGAGAAGCUCUUGGAGAGAGAUGAUGUGACAUUGAGAGAGCUGUUGGACGAGGAGGAUGUGCUACAGGAAUGUAAGGCUCAGAACCACAGACUACUCCUCUUCCUCACGAGAGAUGCCAGCAUGCUGGAACUACUCCACCUCAUAACACAACAGCCCCCUACUGACCAGGAGGAGAAGCUACGUUUCAAGUAUGCUAAUAUGGCAUGUGAGUUGUUGACAUGUGACGUGUCUGUCAUUAAUGAUAAGCUAGGUGGUGACGAAUCCCUGCUCAAUAUACUCUACAACUUCCUUGAGCAAGCCCCGCCCCUAAAUCCACUAUUGGCGUCAUUCGUCAGCAAGACAAUUGGCAACCUGAUCUCACACAAAACACAGCAGGUGCUGAGUUUUGUGAGGAGUAAGGAGGAUUUCAUUGGACUGGUUCUGAAACACAUCGACGCAUCGGCCAUGAUGGAUCUACUGCUCAGACUCAUCAGCUGUGUGGAGCCAGCCCCAGUCAGACAGGACAUGCUUACUUGGUUAAAUGAAGAAAAGCUGAUUCAGAGACUGACAGCACUCAUUCAACCUCACACUGACACUGAGAGACAGUCAAACGCUUCACAGGCUCUGUGUGACAUCAUCCGUUUGAGUCGAGAUCAGACCAAUCAGAUGCCAUUAGAGAUUUCACAGCCUGACCCGCUACUCGCCCUACUGGAGUCGCAGGACACUGUGGACAGUCUACUGAGGAAUAUGUUUGAGGGAGAGAAGAGUGAAGUGUGUAUUGUUAAUGGAACUCAAGUGCUUCUCACUCUGCUAGAGACCCGCAGACCAGGGAAUGAGGUGGUGGGUUCUUGCUGUCAGGGAUGUGAAAAGUCUCAUGAUGGGAAGAGCAAUGUUUCACUUGGCAUCAAACCCCAUCUAUACCACUACCAUCAGCUACUGCUCUACCCUCCUAAAAAGUGUCCUAUGUUGACUACACUGGGUGUUUUAGAGGAGCCAUUGGGUAACGCUCGCCUACACGCAGCCAGACUAAUCACCAUGCUUCUACAGACCAGUGCUCCCAGUAUCAGCCAAGAGCUAUGUAGACUGGAUAUCCUUAACCUGCUACUGGAUCUGUUUUUUAAGUAUGUGUGGAACAACUUCCUGCAUUCCCAAGUGGAGCAGUGUGUGAGCACUGUACUGAAGCUCCCUGCACCAGAAGGCAGAGCCCAGAGUGGCCCGGUCCAGACCAAGCCUGAAGACUCACACACACACUGUCAGAACAGCGUGGAAACUAGUAAAAGCAAGGCAUCAUUACCUGAUACAUGUAUGUGUGUAUCUGUUUUGAAGCUUUUCCAGGACUGUCAUUUGAUACAGAGAAUACUACAGGCCUGGGAGGAGAACAGCAACAUACAGGCAGAGGGGGGCAUGCGUAGAGGUUAUAUGGGUCACUUGACGGGGAUUGCCAAUGCUGUGGUCCAGGCUGUGGAGAGAGGACCGUUACGCUCUCAGAUCACACGACUCAUAGAAGAGUUGCCUGAAGAGUGUCGAGGACGCUGGGAGAAUUUUGUGAACAAUACACUUACAGAGACUAACAAGACUAACACUGUGGACCUGUCUUUUUCUGAUUACCAGGUUCAACAGAUGACCGCUAACUUUGUGGAUCAGUUUGGUUUCAAUGAUGAAGAGUUUCCUGAUCAUGACGACAGCAUCAAUGCCACGUUCGACAGAAUCUCUGAGAUCAACUUUAGUCUUAAUGACAACAGUGUGAGUGCUGGCACUGUGCUGUAUGAGUCCUGUUGCUCUGAGAGGAUCCAGCAGUUUAAUGAUGCAGAGGACGAGGAGGAUAUCUGGGAGGAUAAAGAGGUCAAUUAUGCAACGCAGGUCAAAGCAAGAACCAGGUUUGGUGUUUGGCGUGUGAAUGAGAAUGGCACAGGGUCACAUGACCCCAACCGCCGGCUGCAGCUCCCAGAGAUCAAAGGUCAUACAGAGAGCAUUAACACCCAGGAACCCAAACAGGCCAGCUCUCCACAGAGUCCCGGGUGGAAGGCGAGUUUUGAGGAUGGGGGUGUGUCAUGCGUUGCCGUGGAUACAGGGUCAAGUGUGUGGGGCGAUGUGUCGUCUCCUCUCGGUGACAGUGAGGAGAAAGGAUGGGCCACAUUCACUGACUUCCAGCCAUUCUGCUGUUCAGACUCAGGGCCCAGGUGCAGCUCACCUCCUCUGGACUCACAAAGUCAAACCAAACAGGACAAGAACUUGAAAAGCUCAUCUGCGUGUGUGUGGAGUGUGUGUGUGGCAAGAACAGCCCCUCUGGUAGCAUCUGACGGCAGCUCGUCCAGCAGCUCUGAUAGUGAGGAGGAGGAGGAGGAGAGGAAGAGCGACAUUAUUACUAUGGAAACCAGCAGCACAGAGAGUAACCAACUCCCCAGUGAUACCAAAAAUGAGAAGACAGCCUCCUCCAGUGAAGCAAAUGCCAUAGUAUCUGACAGCAUAGCAACAGAUACCAAGGCAACAGUGACCAUCGGAGAUAUCCCACCCACAAAGGAGCAGAGAUCAGAGAGUGACACUGCUCCAUGACCCUACAGCGACGCUGCUCCAUGACAACGCCAUGCUGGGGUGUGGCCUAUGGCCUAUGGCAAAAACUCUGCACAUUCCCCCUGGAUCACCAUCA